GCUAGUGUAGCUUUACGUCGUCUCAGCAAUGCGUGCUUUCUACUUUAAUCAAUCCGACUGCAUUCUGACAAUUACCUAUCACCUGUGAACUACGUCAGGAUGUUAAUAGGACUAACCCUGACGUCUGGCUUUUCUAAGAAAGCCUUCAUUCAUCCAUUUUAGCAUAGGCACUCAUGGACUGAAGACAUACGAAACGAAAGAAAAAUAUAAUGGAAAACAAGGUAAAAUGAUGGAGUGGGCAUACAGCGGAGUAAAUAAAACAGUGCCCAGAAAUGCAGGUCCGGAAUGCGCCGAAUUCAUGAACCCCAUAUGGCGACGCAUCGAGACGGUUUUUGUCCUCGCAUUUGCUGUGACUUUAUUCAAAUGGAGUUACUCCAGAAUAAGCCUACCCACAGUGGUAUAUGUCCGCAGGGACCGAAGGGGUCGCAGAACACUGUUGGUGAUGAUGUCAUUGAUAUGGGGUAUGGAAAUAGGCUAUAAGUUCUCAUCGCGUACUGUGAUAUAUUUGUUAAACCCCUGUCACGUAACAACGGCUAUACAGAUAUAUUUGUUAGCGGCUUCCCCCAGCAAAAUUAUUACGGCAGUAUUUCGAGUACAUUUAAAUCUUUUAAAUGGACCAUUGUUGGCAUUUUUGUUUCCCGAAACCGACACUAGAAUAUUGCCAUUAGAAUCUGCGAUAUAUUGGAUACAACAUGGAAUGAUGUUUGUCGUGCCUUAUUACCUGCUUAGAUUAGGAGGGGUUUACAAUGUUGAGAAGUUUUCCGACGUCAGUUGGAAUGCUUUCAGCUACAGCAUUAACGUUAUCUAUCAUUUUGCAUUUUUACAAACGAUCGCAAUUCCAACUGAAGUGAAUUUGAACCACAUGUUAUGUCCGGCCAUAUUGGAUCCUUUCGAAGGUCAACUGUAUAGAAUAUGUGCAGUAGUGCAUCAAGCAAUACUCUGUCCAGUACUGAACAAAUUGUUUUGCCUAAUAGCUAAUUUCUUUUUAACUAAAUUUUGGAUGACUAAAGUAAAAACAACGUUGUAUUAUGAAGUCAUGGAUGCAAACGGUGGUGCAACAGACACUGGAAAUCAUCAACAUCGUCACUAAAUUUAGGUAGAAAUAAAUAAGUAGAGAAUACAACGUACUACCUGCAGUUGGAAACCAUACAUAAAAUAGUGUAAGAGUAUAUCAGUAUCAACAACUUUUUAAACUUUAUAAGAAGGAUUUUUUAUUAGAAUGUAGGACACACUGAAAACUAGACCUCAAUCGUGUGUAGAAACAUUUUUUUUUUAUCAACUUCUAAUAAAUUUUAAUAAUAGACACUGAAAUAGCAGCUUUUGAUCUAGGAUCAAUCGUCCCAUAUACAACUAGUCGACAGUAAUAAAAGUUACAUAAUUAUAUCUAAUUAAAUUACAAAAGUUAAAAAGUAAACCAUGUUUUAAAAUUUUAUUAUAGCAACUUAUUAAUAAGAAUACCUAAAUACACACUUUGCUCUAAGACGUAUGUAUUGUUGAAUGAGAUAAGUAAUAAAACCUUUAUGAGUGAGUAUCAUUAUUAGAAUUAUUACUUGCCUUCAAGCUGUGAAAUAAAAAUUAUUAAGUGCCAUAAAUCGCCUAUAACUUCUCGUACUACUUGGUUUUCUUCGCGGUCUAAGUAUACUUUUUAAUUACUGUUUUUAAUUAGGAAUUAUGGAAAUAUUUACGAAAGUCAGUUUUAUGGCAAAAACAAAGUGUAGAUAUUUGAAAUUUAAGUAAAAGUUGACAUUGUUCCUACAUUGUAGAUAUUUUUCAAUUAAUUUGGCCAUACAACAGGAAAGUCACAAACCUGGUGAUACUAUUUAUCCUAAACUAGACAACGACAGGCCAAAUAUUCUUUUUUAAACUACCCGCGUAUGUUACUUUAGGAAUCUGUAUAUCAAGAUGUAACACUAUCUGGCCCGCCUUAGUUUUCUUUUAUAAACACCUAUAAGUCUCUAUAAUGUUAAAAUGUUUGUAAAAUUAGAAGCAAAUUCCAUGGAAAAACACCAGUCGUUUCUAAUACCCAAAACUUAAGAAAAAAUCUCAUUUUUAAUUUCUUCAUUUAAACAUGAACAGAAUUUAUAUUUUCAACAAACAUAUAAGUUGCGGCUGUUACUUAGUUAACUAGCAUUUGUAUUUUGAAAUCUGAUGAUCGUAAUUUAGUGAUUGCUUCUAAAGCCUACUGUACACGUAUAAGUUUUCUUCCAAGUUUGUCAGCCUAUCUGCAUCCAAGUCGUAAAUGUUUUCAGUUGUCGAUUUUUAGACACAUGCUUUAAAAGCUUGUACAAACAUUUGUAGUGUUUAUUAUGUGACAAGCAAAUUUGAUCGCAACGGUACCACCUAAGAUUUUUAAAAAACUUCUAAAAACUUGUAACAUAAAACUUGGAAAGAAAAUUUAUGAUGUUGUUAGAAGUAAAACUUGUGAGUAUACGUUUAACAACACAAAAUUUAUUUUCAAAGUCAAGCAGAAGUACCUAAGCCGUAACAAAGCAAACGUGAAAGUGUGGUAUAAUAACAAAAACACACACACAUUCAGUUAUGUUUUCAAAGAAAACGAAUGAUAUAUGCAAUCAUUUCUAACGGCGGUGGGUACAUACGUUCUUAAGGUGAUCUACACCUUAAAAUUAUAUCAGUUUUGUACCUGUAUAAAACUGUUUCCGACCAAAAAAAAUAUAUUGGUCGUCAUAUACUCGCAGAUGCAUCAAAAUAAUGUUUGCAAGCGAAAUUUCAGAUAACAGUUAAUUAUGCAGAAUACAAAAAUAAAUGAAGAAUUUCGCAAAAAUUCCAAAAUUUUGUCUUCUGUUAAUUAGGUAGGUAGCUUUUUAUUUCCAAUCUAAUUAUAGUUGGAAUAUCUGCCACUUCCGUCCAAAAUACUUUGAAAUAUAUCGCUGAGCUUUUAUCAGACAGUUGGGUAUAAAUAUAAAUUUAUCUUCGAUAUCUACUCAAAAAAUGAAACCUGUCGAAAAACGUGACAUCAAAAUUUUGUUCUACUCAACACUUCACUGAUUUUAAAGUAAAUUACUUUACGGCAUUAAAUGCCUUCUAUGUAUAAAAACGAAAAUAAAGAAGCUCAAAAUGUCAGAUAUUUUCAUUUUGUUUAGGUAAUUUUUAGUAGUAAAUACAUAAUGAAGAAAUAAUAAUCACUGUCAUUGGAGUUUAAGCUUUAGCUCUAACAUAAUACCCAUACUUAAUUAAAUAGAAAUCAAUUUCAUAUGCCACUCCUUCUGAAUUUAUUGGUCUCUCACCAUUUAUAUAUUUUUUAUUUAUAAAAAUCAUCUAUAUCCUGGAAUUCUGAGUUAUUUCAAAUGAUCCACUGACAACAUGAAGAAGAAACAUUAUAAAACUAUUAUACUUUUGUAAGAUCAAUCCUCAUGUUUACGGAAUGAGCUUUCCUGGAGAUCUCAGUUCAGACUGAUAAUAUAAAAAGAAGUAGGUACUGAACAAUUUAGAAAGAACUGCAAACAUACUCUAUAAUAUAAUUAUAUUACUAUACCUAAUUAACAAAAAUUAUUAAUGUAACUUUUGUGUAUUGUCUAACCAAUGGACAUAGUUUAAAGUAAGCAAAUCGAAGAUGUUACUACCAACUGUAAAUUGUAAACGUAGACAAAUAGUUCCAGUUACUGAAAUAUCGCUUGCAAAAUUCUAUGCACUACGCUCACAUACCUACGUAAACAUAUUAUUCAUAGCCAUUACAAAUAGGUUAAUCUCUGGUUUGCGAUUAAUAUAAUUUAUUAAAUUAAUGUUCAAUAGUGCAUUACCAAGUUGUUAUCAUGCUAAAAAAAUAUCAUCCGAUGUUAGUUUCUUUAUCUUUGUUUCUGCUUAAUAACGAUAUGUAUGUUUAUUAAUAAUUAUGUGGUAUAUAACUUACAUAACGGCUAUAUUAUAUAUUAUGAUAUGUGAUUAACCAUCUACAUGUUAUGUUGUGUAUGUAAUUUUUUACGUAGACAUAUCUACUACAGUUAAUAUACCUAAUAUUUAACCCAAAACUAAAGUACCACUCGACAAGCAGAUUAUUAAAAAAAAACAUACUCAUUAACAAAAUGUUGAAAUUUAGUAGAUAUGUCACACAGAGUGUACAUUUAAAUUUAUUUGCUACUUUUUAAAUUUUGUAAAUGAAAACAUUUUUUAUCAAAAAAAGUGUAAUUUUAAACUAUUGAAUCUAGUCAAUGACUCACAAUAAAUGCAA